UAGGGGUGGGUGGGGGAGGGAGGUGGCGAGGAUUAACGGCGGAUAAUGAGCGGAAGGUCUGGCCGAGCGGGGGCGAAAGCCGUGUCGGGCGGCGGUGGCAGUGGCCGGGACCACGUGUCGGUGCAGGAAGGACCCUCGGGGGGCCGGGAUGCCGGUGGGAGUGGACCCCGACGACGAGGGCGGCGUCCGUGCAGGAGGCUCAGGAAUCAGGCUGGCCAGUUCAUCUCCGUGGUGACCGUCUUUGAGGCACAGGGAGCGCCCUCGGGGGGCCAGGAUGCCAGCGGACCCGGCACCCGCCGGCGAGGGCGGCCACCACGGAAGCACCGCAGGAAGAACGUGGCCAUCACCACAGAGGUGACCCUCUUUGAGAUGGUCGCCCUGGGGAAGAACUCCGUGCAGCAGACGGCCGUCGAGGAGUGGGUGCGGUCCUACAAGGAGGACCGGGAGCUGGCCUUGCUGGACCUCAUCAGCUUCUUUGUCCAGUGCUGUGGCUGUGAAGGGAUGGUGACGGCUGAGUUGUACCAGAGCCACGAAGGCAAGAAUGUGGUGCACAAAAUGACAGAGAAGUUUGACCAGGAGACCGGGCUGUAUUACAAGAAGUUUCUGGCUUACCCCUGGAUCCUGACCAUCAUGUGGCCCGAGAAACUGCAAAAUGACUUUUACCCCAUCGUGGGGCCGGGGCCCUUCUGGAAGAGGUUUCGGGUGAACUUCUGCGAGUUCACGGAGCUGCUGGUGCACCAGACACACUCCUCGGUGCUGUGUGACGGUCACCUCAUGGACACGGUCAUCGGCAUGCUCAGUGGCCUCACAAACUCGGCCGUGUACAGCCUGCGGCACACCAGCUCCCUGGCUGCCAUGAAGCUGCUGACGGCACUAGCCAGCGUGAACCAGGGCAUCUGCACGGGCAGGCGCACAGCCCAGCGGUUGUACGAGAUCGAGAGCAUCACCAAGCUCAAGGGGAGGCACAAGUACUACAUGGAGCUGCUGGACCAGCGCAGGCACCAGUUCCAGAACAAGCCCGUGGCCAUCGACAACAUCAUCUGCGCGCUCUUCAAGCGCACGUUCGUGCCCCGCUACCGUGACAUCAGCUCGGACAUCCGUGUGAUCUGCAUGGGGGAGCUGGGCUGCUGGGUCAGGCUGUACCCAGACCUGUUCCUGGACAACAACUACUUGAAAUACAUCGGCUGGAUGCUGUACGACAAGGACGCGAGCGUGCGCAUGAAGUGCAUCCUGGCGCUGAAGGCGCUCUACGAGAAGAGGGAGUCGGCCAUGAAGCUGGGCCUUUUCUUCUACAAGUUCAAGAAACGGAUCCUGUCGAUGACGCAGGACAGGCAGCCGGAAAUCACGUCCGAGUGCAUGCAGCUGCUGAGGCUCAUAUCCGAGCACUAUGUGGGCGUGUUCUCCACCAUGGAGUACGUCUUCCUGUUCCAGUUUGUGUAUGCGGCCUACAGACCCAUGGCGACCGCCGCGGGCGAACUCAUCUGUAAGAGGCUCCUGGCCCCUCCACCCCACGAAGGUUUCUUUGCUCAAGAGCCCCCUGACGAGUUUGAUAGAAAUCUCCAGAACAUGAAGGCGCUCAUCGACUUCUAUCUGCAGGGCGAGUUCCACAGACACGUCCCGUACCUGGUGGACGGCCUGUGGGAGGCAGCGCCCGCCCUGGUCCGGAACUGGGAGUGCAUGACGGCCCUGCUGCUGGAGCCACGUGGCGGGCGCCAAGCCCUGACAAGCCAGCAGGAAAGAGUGCUCAUUGAGAUCCUCGUGGCCGCCGUGAGACAAGCUGCAGAGGGGCGCCCGCCUGCUGGCCGGCGCCUGGGCAAGAAAGCCGCCAGGGAGGUGGACGGGACCCGCCGCUGGCGUGAGCAUGCCAACAUGAGCCGACACUUUGCCAAGGCACUGCCCCGGCUGCUCUCCAAGUUUGCAGCGGACAAAGAGAAGGUGACCCCCCUUCUGCAGAUCCCCCAGUAUUGCAACCUGGACGUGUAUGACAUGGAUGGCCUGGGCUCGUACCUGGACGCGGCGCUGCUGGAGCUGGACUGCCUGGUGCAGCGGCACUCGGACGUGGCGGUGCUGGAGGCCUGCGCCCGCGCCUACGGCACGUACUGUGAUGAGGGGGGCUCUGCGCACUGCCAGGCCGCCCCCGCCUGCAGCCGGCUGGUGGACAUGCUGGUGGACGCGCUCACCCCACUGCUGGACGUGUUCAUCCAACAUGAGAAGCAGGGCCUGUUCCUUGGACACGGUGAGAUGGGGCGGAUCUGCUCCACGCUGCGGAGACUGGCUGCCUUCUACAGUGCACACGACCUGAGCAGCUGGAAUCUGUAUGAGAAGAUGGACAGCCUGCUGACUUUCCGCCGGCACCAGGGCAGCCUGCCCACUGAGGUUGUGCACUGUGCCCUCCAGUGCACCUACUAUGCGCUCCUGUGGCAGAUUGUCGCCGCCACGGACCGGCUGCCGCCCCAGGAGGCGCUCCUGGACUUGAGGAAGAGGCUGCUGAGGUUCUGCCUGGUGUGCCGAGUGUACCUGAACCACCAGAGCAAGGUGCUGAGCGAGAAGGCCUUCAUCCUGCUGUGUGACCUGCUCCUCAUCCUCAGCCACCAGGGCCCUGAGGAGGACACGGGCCUGGGGCUGCUGUUCUUCGUCCCCGACCACGUGCUGCAGUGCAAGCUCCUCACCUUUGUCAAGGAGCAUGUGUUCCUGGAGGAGGCCGGAGCUGCAGGGCCCAGCAGAGUUUACAAGGAGGAGGACGCGGAAGAGCUGCACGAGCUGUUCCACCGGAGAAACAUGCUGGCCGUGUUCUGUAAGCUUGUCGUCUACAACGUGCUGGAGAUGAGCGCGGCCGCCGACAUCUACCAGUUCUACCUGAAGCAUUACCAUCACUUUGGGGACAUCAUCAAGGAGACCAUGACCCGGACGAGGCAGAACGACAGGCUUCGCAACGCGCUGUCCCUGCUCCUGUGUCUGCAGCAGCUGUUCCAGAAGCACGUGGACACGUAUGGCAUGGGCUACGACCCCAUCGAGUUCAUCUGCGGCCCCUUCUACUCCAUCCGGCUGUUGGCACGCCGCUUUGCGCUCACCCUCGGCUUUGACCGUGCCCGUGACGCGGCCCACCUGAUCCACAGGCGUGGGCUGGCGUUUGCCUUUUCCGAGUCCCCUGUGCCUGAAGAGGAGGAGGCCCGGCAGAGGUUCCCCAACCUCAGCUUCCUGCUGGUUCUGGCCGAGUUCUCCUGCAAGAUCCCCCCUGCAGAGCGACAAGCUGCACUCACCCACUUCCAGGACUCCAUCCCCGAGGGCCUGCCUGUGUUUGGGGAAGGGGACAUGAACCCCAUGCUCGUCUAUCGCAAGUCCCUGAUAAGGACAGACUACGUGGCCCAGGGGGAGGAAGAGCCCGCCGCCAACCCGUUUGACGCCAUAUGCAAAGACAGCAAGCGGCCUCAAGAGUUGCCCGUGGGGACGUGCUCCACCUGGACACCAGACACCCUGGCCAGCUCCAGCGCGGGGGACAGAGAGCCACGGAAUUCCUCCAAGGGCCAGAAGUCCAAGAGCAGGGACGUCUUUGAUGUCGACUUCCUGUCAUCGGAGGACUCUGAGAACUCUUCCAACGAAGACGUGGACGUGGAGGGCAUCUCCGUCCACGAGGGCACGUCGGACUGAAGAGGACUCGGGCCCUGUGGGAC